AUGGCGAAGCCGAACGGAUUUCCAGAUCCCUAUUUCAAUGGAAACGUGGCAACAUUCGAAAAGGCCUAUAUUCUUAGUAGUCAUCCAAUGGAUGGUUCCGAAAAGGAAGGCAGAGAAUCCAAAAAUUCGACGAUGGUGAAGUUCUUUGCAGUCGUUGAGCAGCGAGGUGUUGGAGUCAUUGGACAAUUUUCCCCGUUUAUCAAUGCGGAAGAAAAAACUGGAAUAGGAUGUGCUCGAUAUUUCUCGGAAACUGUCGGUGAGACAAUGAAAUUCAGUCCUUACGAAGUGAAAAACGAUGGAACUACUACGUUAGGAGCGUUUUCGAAUCCUAAUAAUCAUAUUGUGUAUUCUUUGAUAAUUACAAAUGAAUCAACCAAAAAAGUCACAAACUGCGAUGUGCUCAUGUUCAAUUGGCCAACGGGUAGUGCUCCAUCAGACGAAACAGCUGCGUUGGAAAUGCUUGAUUACUUUGCAAUUCACGAGGUAGAAUGUUUCACUGCAGUUUAA